AUGUUGGAACCUUCAGAAGCAAGUCCUCCUGAUCAUGCGAAAGUCCAAUCGAGUCCCCUUUCAUUUCUCUCACGCUACAGCUCAAAGACGGACUUCUUGACCUAUGUCCUGCUUUACCUCGUGAAGAUGCCUUUCCCACCUGUAACCCGACCGCAGGCUCUUCCCAGCUCUGAAAAAGAGAAGCCAUCAUCCGUUCUUCAGGUCAAGACUGUGGAGGAGAAGAGUUACAUAAGGGAACGCCUAAAGAAGUUGAACAAGAAAGCCGCGCCGCACAAAAGCAAACUGCCCACCAGUCGAGCCACUGCCGGCUUGAGGUUGGAAGGUAAGAGCGUCUGCAUUACGUCUCCGAGACCUGCUGAUCCUUCGACCGCCAUGUCCUAUAUAAGUAGUUCAGGCAUUAGCGUCUCUCCAACCAACUCUAAAGAUGCAACGGCCUCCUCCAGCAAACAAACGUUUCCGGCAAACCAAAAUCAUCCACAGGUCUCUUCAAGAUGUUCAGGAUCAGGCAGUGGACCGAAUAACAGUGAAGCUAUGAACUCAGUCAGCCUGACCGAGGCCACCUUGCUCCUUCAGAAACCCAGCCGUGAAAAGCAGCUCCGUGCCGUCCGCAGUGGCACCGCACAUCAACGCAAAGACCCCUUUGACAAGUCAGCUUCUCGAUCCAACAUCCCUAUCAUGAAGAUCUCUCUCCUGAAUGAUCGUCACAGAUACGAUGAUGUGGAAUAUGAGGAAGAGGUGGAACAGCGUGUGGAUCAGAACACACUGUUGAAAUGUUCUGAAUGGCUGCGUGGGGUGGAGAAUGCUGCGGGAGCAACAACGCUGGGAAGGGGGGACAAAAUUAGCCAGAAGACUGUCUACCGCCCCAUGUUCUGAAACAAGCCUGUGUUUGGAGGUAUAAAUGAUGAUAUCAGCUUUCAUAUUACAAUAAUUGCUGGACCAAUUGUGUCAAGGCUUUGAAUUUUGUUACAACAGAUUGGAAAACAUUAGUGUAAGUAUAAUAUUUUGAGUUAUAUUCUUUUUAAAUAUACUUAAGUUAAAUAUCCUUGUCCUUUUGAUUUUCAUUCAUUUUACAAGUUUCUUACCUACAAUUACAUCAGAGAAUACAUCUUUGAAUGACAUAUAGUAACGAU